AGUGGCGAGAAGUGGACUCUUCUCCUAUUGAUGGACUUUUCCCACUUUCAGUACCAAAAACAGAGUUUGUAUUGCAGUCAUUACGUGCCCCACGUUUCUCCAUUUAGAUCAAUAUUUUUAUUUUCUAACCGGAGACGUAUUAUUACUUUGUUGUUUUUUUGGCGACUUCCGUUAUCUCCUUUGGCCAUCUUGCGGCAGACAAUAGCACUGUCAAUUCAUUUUUUUCCAAAUGAGGAAAGAAAAUUGAACUGUCAGAAUCAGAAAUCAGAAGUGUUAAUCUGUGCCCGUAAGCCGAGGAACAUGGCUCUCCUCGAAUUUUUCGGCUGUGCGUUUCUUGCAUUCGGCCCUCCACUAGCGAUGUUUCUUAUAACUAUUGCUAAAGACCCAAUUCGAAUCAUCAUCCUCAUAGCCAGUGCGUUCUUCUGGCUAUUGGCAUUACUGAUGUCAUCCUUGUUGUGGCUCGUAGCAGACACGUUGAAUAGCCCAAUUGUUGUGGGAGUUGUCUUCUCUGUCUUGUUGCAAGAACUAUUCCGCUACUUAAUAUAUUUGCUGUUACGCAAAGCUGAGGUUGGGUUGAAAAAACUCACAGAGUCUGAUACUGCCAUCAUCACUAAUAAAAACAUCCUGGCCUAUGUUUCAGGCUUGGGCUUUGGUAUCAUCAGUGGCACCUUCUCUCUAGUCAAUGUUCUCGCUGAUGCUACUGGACCAGGAACGGUCGGUCUACAUGGGGACUCUAAUUUGUUUUUCCUAACAUCAUCCCUUACUACACUUUGCUUCGUCCUCCUACACACAGCAUGGGGAGUGCUCUUCUUCCACGCACUAGACACCAAAAAGUUUUUGCCAUUAAUUUGGGUGGUGACAUCUCAUCUACUUGUAUCACUUUUGACUCUCAUGAACCCCUCGCAGUUGUACUUGGCCACAAUACUGCCCGCCUACGCCGUUCUUGUAGUGACGGCUCUAUGGGCUGCUGGAGCGGCUGGAGCAUCUUUUACUUCACUCAAAAAGUGUUUAACUAUCCAACCAAAGACGGUGCAGGUACGCGUGGAAGACUGAGGCAUAGAAACGACAUUCACAAUUCAGCCAUCGUCAGUAAACCAUCCCGCGGGUCUUUCCACAAUCUCUCCCUCAAUAACUUUUGUUUUUGCGAAAACGUCCGACAGCCGCGUUCUUAAUUAAUUAAUAUAACCAAAAAUACACUUUCAGUGAUGAAGAAA